AUGAGCAAACCAGGCUUAUCGUUCGGCCUCAACUUAGGCAAGAAGCCCGGCGCAUCCAAACCUGCGCCUGGAAAACGGAAGCCAUUUGGCGCCACAGCGUUUGGCGGCGGCGACGACGACUCUGACAACGAUGCACCCAACUCAGGAACCAAGAUCGAGUCGUUAGACGAGCUAGGCGGUCUUGAAGUCGACUCCUCUUCCAGCAGACAAGACAGCGGAGGGAGGAAGAGCAAGCUCAAGAGCAAGAAUGCCCUGCCGACACAACCGCCCGCGAGCAGAACCAAGAAGCAGGAGAGCGCCAUGUUUGGCGACCUCUCGGGCUCGCUCACGUCCAAGAAGCACGCCGAGGCGGCGGAGGAGCUCGACCCGAGCGUGUACGACUACGAUGGCGUGUACGAAUCGUUUAAGCCGCAGAAGAAGACGACCAAGGAAGACGUGGAGAGGAAGCCUAAGUACAUGAAGAGCCUGCUCGCGGCGGCCGACGUGCGGAAACGGGAUGCGCUGAUUGCGGAGGAGAAGAAGAUUGCGAGGGAGCGGGAGGCUGAGGGCGAAGAGUAUGCGGAUAAGGAAAAGUUUGUCACGGAGGCGUAUAAGAAGCAGCAGGAGGAGAACCGGCGGAUCGAAGAGGAGGAGAGGAGGCGGGAGGAGGAGGAGGCCAAGAAGAACAAGACGGGCGGCAUGAGCGCUUUUUACAAGAAUCUCUUGAACAAGGGCGAAGAGAGGCAUGCCGAGGUUGUGAGAGCGGCCGAGGACAAGGCCAAGGCCGGUCCGGCGGUACAAGAAGAAGACGAUACAUCGAAAGAGAAGUCUGAGGCCGAUGUGGCGCGGGAGAUCAACCAGAGAGGCGGCGCCGUUGCCGUCAACGAAGACGGGCAGGUGGUGGACAAGCGACAGCUGCUCAGGGGCGGUCUCAACGUCGGGGCCAAGAAGGAAGCGCAGGUCAGGGAGGAGGCUGCGCGGCCGAGGGAGAGCAGGCCGGAGCGCAGCGCCGGCACAGGUUUCGUCGGCUCCGGCGGCAAAGGCGCGAUGCGGGAGCGGCAGACGAGGAUGCUCGAGGCGCAGUUGGAGGCUGCCCUUAAACGGUCCCGCGAGGAGGAGGACGCGGAGCGCGAAAAGGUCGAGCGGGUCACCAAGACGAGGAAGACGGAGGGGGAGAUCUCGAGUGCCAAGGAGCGGUACCUGGCGAGAAAGCGCGAGGCGGAGGAGGCGAAGAAGAAGGGCCUGGCGGAGUAA